AAGCUUUUCCUGCAGCCCUCGCACGCCGUCGAGCAGCCCAACAGCCAUUUCUGCGACACACUUGCGCCGGCCGGGGGCUGCCCGCGCGGCCAGGCAUGGACGACGCCGACGACAAGGAGCGCGAGGCCCUGCUCCUGCGGAGCAAGACCAGCCCACGGUUCCACUACGACGACUGGCGGCGCUGGCUCGCAACAAGGUACAGGCAGCCCCUCGACCCGCACAAGAUCGAGGACUUUUGGUGGAGAAGCGACGACAAAAUUGUUGAUGACGCGUGGCUCGCCGAUCUAUUUGCUGUGCCCAAUUGGAGCCUGUUAUCGCACUACGUGAACAUUGGCAUCUCGUUGAUGAUGGGGGCCACACCGGUAACUUAUUACUUAGUUGAAACAUUACGAGCAUCGCCGGCGACGGUCAAUACUUAUGCUGCUUUGACAUAUCUCCCAUGGUGCCUCAAGUUCUUUUAUGGAUUGCAGACCGAUUUAGUACCUUUGUUAGGGGUCCAUAGACGUUCAUACUACCUUUUAGGAUGGCUGAUUUAUGUCAUAUGCAAUCUUUGGUUGGCAAUACUCGGAACGCCCGACUCCACGGCAAUAUUACUUCUGUCUUUUGGCUACACGGCGGGCUUCAUGCUCGCGGACGUCGUGGCGGACGCCCUCAUCCUAGAAUGCUCGCAGGUCGGCGAAGAUGCCAACAAUAAGGGCCGGAUGCGGACGCACGCGUACUACGUCCGCGCCGUGGGCAUGGCGCUGGGAGCCUUAGCUGGAAGUUGCCUCUUCAACGGCCCGACUUGUGCAGAUUCAGGAUGCUGGGCCUGGGGGUUAGAAUUAGCAUCCUUGUUCUGGAUCCAGUCGGCAUUAAUACUGGUGACGGUACUGCCUCUACUAUUGACGAUGUACGAGCUACCCAUAAGAACUACCGGAGUAGCAGGAGAUAUACGAACGUUAUGGGAGGAGACCUUUGAGUUCCUGCGGCACGACGGCGUCUGGAUUCCAUUGAUGUUUUUAUUUUUUUACAACUUCUGUUUCAUCGCGAACCCGGCCUGGAACAAUUUCCUGUUUCUCGGGUUGAACUUCACGAAUUUUGGCUACGGCAUGCUCGCGUUUGCGGGAGCACUAUUAAGUGUGGCGGGUCUCUGGGCCUACGAGAAGUUCUUCUUCCGAAGUUCGUGGAGGCAGUUGUAUCUCUGGGUGACCUUUGUGGUGGUCGUCUUCUCCUUUUUGCAAGUGUUACUGGUGCUGAAGAAGACGGGUAUUUUUUCCCCCUACGCCUUCGCCAUGGGCGACACGGUCGUCGUGGCCUUUGUACAAAAUGUCGCGUUCAUGCCGAUGUGCAUUAUGUUCUUCCCCAUGAUCCCGGCUGGCGCGGAAGGUACCGUCUACGCGUUGCUGUCGACGUGGCAGAACGUCGCGACGGAGGCCGGCUAUCAGCUGGGCACGUACUUGACGUGUGUGACGGACGUGUCUGAUUCCGCUAUAGAAGAGGGCAAGUGGGCCGGGGUCCUCAAGCUGACGAUCAUCUGUUCCGCGGUACAAAUCCUGCCCAUCUUUUUUAUAUAUGCGCGGACGCCGGGCGGCAUUUGUCUGCUGCCCGAUAGUGUGGACGCGACGAAGGCGCAGUGCGAUGACCGAAAGUCGUCGCUCGGUCCGUGGCUCUUCUACGUCCUCUUCUUCGGCGCGAUCGCGUUCAGUUUGGGGCAGUCGCUGUGGUUGGCCGUGAAUCCUGAUGGGUUGUGUCCGGGGGGGGACGACGAUGGGGCGUACUAAUUACUAGUAGCAU